UGGCUCGGAGUUCUGCUUUCGCCGCGGUCGCUGCUCCUGACGUCGGCUCACAGCGGUUUGCGGAGGUCGGGUGGGGAGCAUGGCCGAGUACGCCUACGUGAAGCCCACCAAGCUGGUACUCAAGGGCGCGAAGGCCAAGGGUAAGAAGAAAAAGAGUAAAGAGAAGAAAAGAAAAAGAGAAGAAGAUGAAGAAACUCAGCUUGAUAUUGUUGGCAUCUGGUGGACAGUAUCCAACUUUGGUGAAAUUUCUGGAACCAUUGCCAUUGAAAUGGAUAAAGGAACCUAUAUUCAUGCACUUGACAAUGGUCUCUUUACACUGGGAGCACCACAUAAAGAAGUUGAUGAAGGUCCUAGCCCUCCUGAGCAGUUUACUGCUGUCAAAUUGUCUGAUGCCAGAAUUGCCCUAAAAUCUGGCUAUGGAAAAUACCUUGGUAUAAAUUCAGAUGGACUUGUUGUUGGGCGUUCAGAUGCAAUUGGACCAAGAGAACAGUGGGAACCAGUCUUUCAGGAUGGGAAAAUGGCGUUAUUAGCCUCAAAUAGCUGCUUUAUUAGAUGCAAUGAAGCAGGUGAUAUAGAAGCAAAGAGUAAAACAGCAGGGGAAGAAGAAAUGAUAAAGGCUCUGAUAGGCUGUGUCAGUCAGCAACAUCUAUGUCUUGGCCUUAUCCACCAAUAUUUUCUUUACAGAAAGAAAUUUCAGAGCUUCCAAGAUCAUAAACUUAAAAUAAGUAAAGAAGAUAAUAAAAUUCUUAAAAAGGCUCGGAAAGAUGGGUUUUUGCAUGAGACACUUCUGGACAGGAGAGCCAAAUUGAAAGCUGAUAGAUACUGCAAAUGAAGAGGAUAUUUGUUUUUUUUCUCCCUUUGGUUUUUUUUUUUUUUCUGAAUAAAGUAUUUGGUGGAUCUCCUUUUACAGAG